AAAAUAUUUUGAUCUAUCUGCGAGCUGCGAGUCUGCAGCCUUGUGUAUAAUUUCAACAAUUGGUUCUUUAUCGACCCCAGUAGAAAUAUUCCAAUAGCAAAUGCAAAAAUGCUGAGUGCGGUUCUGUCACGAAACCUAUCGUAGACGUAUAAACGUACUUGUCAGCCAUCACAAGUUGUGGAACCGCCAAUCAAAAUAGGGAACGUCGUAAGAAAAUAAUUACAUAGAGAAAUCGAGAAGCAAUAGUGACGUGUUAUAUUUUCCUUGGAGAAACUGCGAUAGCGAAGUGAAUUGAUAAUCGUACGUGAACGCAAGCAUUACGUGUGUUUUCUUUGUACACUGAAAAGAGUGAAUUUACAUCGAAAAAGUUGAAAAUCUGCAGUCAUCAUGGCAGCACCCACAGUUCAGUCAUUUCUAAAUUCAUUCAAUCUCAAAUUAGAGCAGCCAGUUCGCCAGCAUCUCACAAACACCUAUGCUUGCCUGGCUAUGUCCACAAUGGCAGCUGCUAUCGGAGCAGCUGUCCACCUGUUCACAAACAUCAUGCAAGCAGGCUUUAUUUCUGCAAUUGGGGCCCUGAUAUGUUUCAUACUGUUAAUGAGUACACCUGAUGACAAUGGCAAAGGCAUGACCUGGAGAGUUGGCUACCUACUAGGAUUUACUUUCCUAACUGGAGUUGGAAUGGGUCCCUUGUUGGAACAUGUCAUCCUAGUCGAUCCAGCAAUCAUUGUAACAGCUUUCCUGGCCACUUCGACAGUCUUUGUCUGCUUCUCACUCUGCGCACUGCUAUCUGAACGUGGCAAAUGGUUAUACCUUGGUGGCACCCUGAUGUCCAUGCUUACCACCUUGAUGGUUCUUUCCUUGGCCAACCUCUUCUUUGGUGCUAUGUGGCUGUAUCAACUGCAGCUGUACUUAGGACUCCUUGCCAUGUGUGGCUUUGUCCUGUUUGACACCCAAAUGAUCAUCGAGAAGAGGAGAAUGGGCAGCAAGGACUUUGUUGCUCACUCACUGGAUCUGUUCAUUGACUUUGUUGGUAUCUUCAGAAGGCUGCUGAUCAUCCUCACCCAGAAGGAACAGGACUCGAGGAAGAAACGUAGGGACUGAGACAGACUGAAGAAGGGGGGUGAAAAUAUCAAGGGUGCAAAUGAGUCUUCUGAAUGAGAAAAAUUAUAACCUUUAUGUACCUAUAAUAAACCUUGUUUGAGUGUCCUGUUGAUUUUUUACUACUCCAGUUAUGUAAUCAAUCAUAUUGUAUGUAGGUGUAGGUUAAGUGUGUGAUUAUUUAUUCAAUAUAUUUUUUUAUAAUAUCAGUUCGUUUCACUUCAUAAUAUAGAACUUGGCGCUUUAUCAAAAAUGUGUGCUUGCAAACAGUGCUACAAAGUUUUUAGAAACGUGUUCCCAUGCAACGUUGUCAAUUCAUAAAAAAAUCAAGUUUGACACUCUGAAAGGUUUGUUACAGUCGAGUAGAAUAAGUGACCAUGCCCUGACAUCCUACCAUAAACCAAUAAUUGGCUUUGGAGAUGAUUCACAUUGCAGUUGCGGAAAUAUAGGAACCAUACAGCACCUCAUAUCAGAAUGUCUAAGGCUGAAAACGUAGUGGAGCGACGAGCAAAAUGCGCCGCUUUAGCUUCCCGAUGUGAACGUAUAGUACAGCGACUAGGCGGGUUUAAUGCGAGUGUAAUCAAAGUACUUUCUAAUUAUGUUAAGGGCACCUCAAGUUUUCGAGAAUAUGGUGAAUUUCAUACUCUGAAAAUUGUAACAUUCGAUUAUGUAUUAAAUUUAGUUAGUUCUGAUUUAACAGAAAAUUGGAGCAAUUUUAAUCUAACUCCAAUAAGACCAAAAAACGUCUAUUUAUAAUAUUAAGGUAACAGGUUUAUUCACGUUAUUUUAAAAUAAAAACAAAAGCACUGAUAGUAAUGUUUUUAAUCACAUAGCCUUAGAGGUAUAUAGUUGUAAUUUCCUAUAAUGUAAUUCAGAGAACAAGCAAAUUAAAGAUUGAGUUAGUAGCAGAAUGGC